AUGGCUACCUCGAAAGAAUGGCAGAAGAUGCUCAACGGCGAGCUCUACUGGGCCUGGGACGCCGAUCUACAGGCUAAUCGCGAGCGAUGCAAAGAAGCUUGCAAAAAGUUCAAUGAGGCAGGGCCAGUUUCUCGACGGCGGCGCGUCGAACUAUGGCGAGAUAUCGUUUGCGACACUCGCCCGAUGCCGCCAGUAAAUCCAGACCCAGCUGCCGAUGAAAAGCUUUUCGAGAAAACCGACCCCGUCGUCGACCCCCCGAUCUCCGUCGACCACGGGCUGAACUUCAAAGUCGGCGCGGGCAGCUUCAUCAACUUCGACACGACCGUUCUCGACACGUGCUUGAUUACAAUUGGCGAGCGGGUGCUCUUUGGUCCUCACAUUCGUAUCUACGGUGCGACGCACCCGAUGGAUCCGGCUGAGCGGCGCGGACUGGAGGGGCCCGAGGCCGGAAAAGAAAUCCACAUUGAGGAUGAUGUGUGGAUUGGAGGGAGUGCGAUUAUUCUUGCCGGUGUGAGGAUUGGGCGGGGAAGUACAGUUGGUGCGGGCUCUGUUGUGACUAAGGAUGUUCCUCCGUUCCAUUUUGUUGCUGGGAACCCCGCAAGGGUUAUUCGCAAGAUCGAGUCGAGCAUGGAAACAGAGCAGCCGAAUGCCGCAUCUGGGACGGCGUAA